AUGGCGUCGUCAACUCACGUGACUGACCGUGACGCUGACCGUGACGGUAACAAUACAUACGUCGUCCCUCAAAGUAAACACGCACACUGUCCCGAGACAGUCGACGCCGACGAACUCGAACAGGCCCUCAAGGACCGCGAGACCUGGACGAAUGUCGCGUGGAAGGGCGUGCAUGUUCUCGAUAUUGACGAGGGGGGCACGUCUCAUUGGCGUCGUAACUUGGAUGGUCGGGCACUGGAGAGGUUCUUGUCGGACUCGCAUCCUCCGCCCCAGAACUGCUUCGUGCGCGUAUUCUUCCUCGAAAGCCUUGGCCCCGGCCGCACAGACAGCGAGAUUGGCGACGUCGCGGUCGACCCGACCAUUCUCAAACUGUUGCGCGCCCGCGCUGGGCUCUCAGACCUGUUGAUCACAGCCGUCUGCGGGUUGGGACACUGGUACACGAUCAAGCACGCACACUUUACCGGUCGAGAUGAGCGGGGGAAAGCCCAAUCUUUUGAUAUGUUGUAUGAAUACGCCCCAGCCGCUACUGCGUGCACACAGGUUUCAACUUCCCUCGCCACGGGCUCGUCGAUUUACUUUUGUCUCAAUUUCCCUCCUUCGGCCGUCCCGCGACUCGCCCUGCACAACCUGCGCGUUCCGUUCAAGUUGGAUGUGGUCGUCGCAGACGAGACGCUGAGACUCUGGCAGCGGGAGAUGGCGACCAUCCGAGGCCGCAUGAAGCGAUUCGAAGCAAACGAACCCCACGAGGCUGUGGACUCGAUGAUCAGAGAGCUCCACCGCCUCUCCAGGAGUUGGCAAAUUCUGUUCCGCAAAGUCUCAGAAUUUGAAGCACAUCUCGAUUUCUUGCACGAGGUGCGGACCAGUUAUGUUUCUCUGGCUGAGCCUGCGGUGGUGCAAAGUACGAGUCAGCCUAUCGAACAGUCCGGCGAGUCUCUGGCUUUCCUCAUGUCGAGCUGUCGCUCCCUCAGACAACUCGUCGCAGACUACAGAGCCCGCACGGCGACACAAAUCAAUCUGCUUUUCCAUCUCGCCAACCAAGCCGAGAGUCGCGACAACAAGGAGAUUGCAGAACUCACGGCCAGGAUUGCGCAGCAGACCCAGCGCGACAGUGCGUCCAUGAUUACCAUCGCCGCCGUGACCAUGUUCUUCCUCCCCGGGACUUUCGUGUCGUCGUUAUUGAGCACGGUAGUCUUCAACUUUGACGGCACCGACAUAAGCGUGUCGCAGAUGUGGUGGAUAUUGCCUGCCACCGCCAUUCCCAUGACUGUUUUUGUAUUUGCUGUCUGGCUGUUGUGGCUCAGAUGGAGACUCUCGCACGACCGAAAGGCCAUGGUGACCACGGAUGGUGCCAAGCAGCUUUGA